AUGUAUGCCCUGACUGGACGUCAAAGCCUGGCACUUUUUUUUGCGAUUAUCCUUCUCUGUUGGGCAGACUGCAGCCCCUCUCUGCAGGAUGAUUUGGCUCCCCUUGAAGUAAAGUUCCAUUCUUUGGACUUCAGAAAUGUCUUACACUGGAAACAUCCACAAAAAGCCCUCAAGAACCUGACAUAUUUUGUUCAGUAUAAAAUAUAUGGAGACAAAGAGUGGACUAAUUCUGAGCACUGUCAAGGCAUCCGGUUGCUGGAGUGUGACUUGAGCCAGGCGACGUCAGAUCCCAGAGAAUGGUACUAUGCCAGGGUCCGUUCCUUCUCCUCUGAGGGCUUCUCAUCAUGGGUCCUUAGCCACAGGUUUUACCCUCAGUGGGAAACCAGUUUCAGCCCACCGCAGAUAAAGGUGACCAUGACAGGACGGAUCAUUUCAGUUCAGAUCAGACCUCCGAGGACACCUCUGCGAGGACAGAAAGGCUCUAGGAUACGAGUGACAAAACUGCAGAAACUAACAUUUAGAAUAUACCUAAUGCACAAUGAUGUAGAAGAGGAAGUUUAUGAAACAGACAGUUGCUCCAAGGAGCUUGUGAUUGAGGGGCUACGUCCAAAAACCACCUACUGCCUUCAGGCUAUGUCCGUUACUCCUCGCUCAGGCCGAAAAAGCUUACGGAGUUCCAGCACCUGCAUCAGCACUCAUUGAGGACUUAGUGUCUCCCACAGGGUGAGGCUGCUUCUGGACCUUUGUUCAACAUGAAAAUUACACACAUACA